ACAAAGAUUCCUUGCAUGUCGACCGGUUAUACAAAACGAGGACACUCCCGCAAGCCAAAGGGGACCGAUCUAGACAGAUCCUACACGAGGCAUCGUCGAUGCGUCCGAGUUGAACAACGCCCGGUCGCUUCUUCUGCUAAUUCUACGACGACAUGCUCAGGAUCCGAGACAUCCACAGUGAUCUCGAAGAUCACGAGGGAGGUGUGGUCAGACGGAGGGGGCCAAGGAGAGAGACGGAUGGUUGACCCGCCCCGGACGAUGAUAUGCUCAGGGCCCGCAUCGAGCCCGCAUGGAGGUUUGCCUGAAAAGUCCAAGCAACUGUCGUCUAGCGACAGGUAUAUAGGUCGACUCUGCCGACUGCCAUGAGCAACCAGGAAAUUUCGCUUUCUGUUCCCUGCUGUUCGCUACUCGACAUUCACCCACCGCACCCGGUCUCAAUAUGCGGUCCACUACCGUCCUCCUCUUUGUCUCCCUGGCCCGGCUCUGUCAGCUCGGCCCGGUGAUCGCUGCGCCAUAUGCCAUUCAGCCCAUCUUCCAGUCCGACUUCUCGCAAGGCAACAUCGAAGACGACUUUGGCCAUGUCACGACGCUUUACGUUCCCGCAGCCCCUUUGAACUGGGAUGCUACGGAUGUCUCUCAUCUGCUACCCGUCAAAGAUGGUUUCCUUUACUUCACGUUGGACGGUAGUUCCGACCCCGCCGCCAAGCACUCCUACAUUCUGCUUGAAAACACCUACAACCACCCUACCGUCAUUCUCGACCAUUCUGUGUACCCUUCGGUCAGGUCAUGCCAAGACAACGAAUUGGUGAUCGAGUUCUCCAGUCCCGCCGCUUUCAAAGUCGCGGCGGAAUCGUGGUCUCGAGGUUCGACGCUGGUCACCCACUCGGCCGGCUGUGCCGCCACGAACCAGGCGACCAAACACUCGUACUGGUCCGUUGUGCCCACCAAACCCGACGCAAGAUCUCGAUCCGUCAAGAUGCAAGUCCGAAGCAUCGAUGUGGACCAGGCGAUCGAAGCGACGGACGUCAGUUGGGGUUCCUAUUCCCCCGUCUCACAGGGUCAUCUUCAGCAGAGAACGAUGGGUAGCGACAAUGCCACCGUCUCUGGGGUUCUGAUAGAUGACUUGGAUCCGCUCAGGUGACGCGAGUGGUCGGAUCCGUCGAUCGCUCGGUCGAAUCCGUCGAGAUAUGGGAACGAUGCAGAAAAGGAUCGAGUCACGCUGGCUGCCCCUUGCUG